CGAGUCGCACCGGCGCCGAGUGCUACGGUUUCGUUCUCUCCAGGACGCAGAGCUGGCGGCCCAGGGGGAAUCACAGACACCAGAAAGUCUCUCCAGCACCUGUGUGUCAACUCCAGAAGUAUUUAAGAUAAACUUUGUAUUUCCAAAUGGAGACAAGUAUGAUGGGGACUGUACAAGAACAUCUUCUGGAGUCUUUGAGAGAAAUGGAAUAGGUAUUCAUACCACUCCUAAUGGGACUGUCUACACAGGAAGCUGGAAAGAUGACAAGAUGAAUGGUUUUGGAAGACUUGAGCAUUUUUCUGGAGCAGUAUAUGAAGGACAUUUUAAGGACAAUAUGUUUCAUGGAUUGGGGACUUACACAUUCCCAACUGGGGCAAAGUACACUGGAAAUUUCAAUGAAAAUAGGGUGGAAGGUGAAGGACAAUACACUGACAUCCAAGGACUAGAAUGGUGCGGUAACUUUCAUUUCACAGCUGCUCCAGGCCUGAGACUAAAGCUCCACAUGUAGAUAUUCUGCAUUCAAGUUUUAACGUGGUAAUUGAAGCUUUUAGUUGUAAGAAAAACAACUAAAUCUGUCAUCUGAAAUAACUUCAUACACGACCUGCAUAUUAUAAUUUUGCCAAUAAAACCAUCACUCACUUA